GGGUGACAUGAGCGGACUCUGGAGAGAUACUGACGUACAUCGUACUUUGAACAAGACCGAUCGACUUAUCCAGGGCGACCAGGGUUGGUUGGGAGGAUUUGCUAUCCAACGUAGCACGGAGACACCGGGCGGGCGCGACCAGCACACCGAAGCGAGCAUCGAAUCGGCAUCCUCACUUUGGUUGGUUCCACUCACGAGACACGGGAGGCGGAUUUGGUUGCCGUAAGUAUAGCCAGGCAUGUAGACACCACAAAAGAAACCACGGCAGGGGAAGAGAAGAUAUAUCUCGCAAGACCUCGCACCACUCGAUCCCUCACGACGCCUCGAACACCCAAGCCCGCAACCAUGGCAGAAUCGUCGCCGUCGCCUUCUUCCCCAACCGGCUUGAAUGCGGCCGCCACUAGUGAUCCCCCACCGGCCACCGAGUCUUCACAUUCCAAUCCGCAAGAUGUGUCCCAGGUCGCCGCCCCUUUGGCAAUAGAGCAUGAAGGUGAUCAUUCGGACUCGGACGGGGCAGAGCGCGACGACGAAUUUUCGGAUUAUGCAGAGGACUUUGCCAGCGAUACAACCUCCAUAAACUCUGAGAUCACCUCCUACCGCUUUGAGAAUGGACGGCGCUACCACUCCUACAAGGAAGGGGCCUACUGGGGCCCCAACGACGAGAAGCAGAAUGAGCAAAUGGACGUUGCCCACCACGUGUUUACACUGCUUCUCGACGGCAAGCUGCUUUUGGCACCCAUAGAGGAUAACAUCCAGAGGGCGCUGGAUGUUGGCACCGGCACCGGGAUUUGGGCCAUGGACUUUGCGGACGAGUAUCCCUCUGCUCAGGUCAUCGGCACGGACUUAUCGCCCAUCCAACCUGGUUUUCUACCCCCCAAUUUAACGUUUGAGAUCGACGAUGCCACAGAUGAAUGGGCCUUUCCGGAGAAUCAUUUCGACCUCAUUCACGUGCGUGCGCUAUACGGGGCUGUCGAUGACUGGAUCGCGUUUUAUCGUAAGGUUCUGCGGCAUCUACGGCCUGGAGGCUGGUUCGACCAACUCGAGAUGUCUAUUCAAUUCCAAUCGGAUGAUGGCACGGUGACCGAAGACCAUAUCCUGGCGAUUUGGUCGAAAACCUUUAUCGAGGCGGGUGAGAAAUUUGGCAAAACCUUUCGCAUCGCUGAUCUCGCCAAAGGUUACAUGCAGGAGGCUGGCUUUCAGAACGUGACCGAACAGCGAUUUAAGCUCCCCAUUGGACAGUGGAGCCGAGACAAAAGGCUGAAGAAAUUGGGGAUGUGGAACCUGAUCCAUUGCGAGCAGGGUAUUGAGGGGUGGGCCAUGGCGUUGCUGACUAGAGUGAUGGGAUGGAGCUAUGUCGAAGUGCAGGUCUUCUUGGCCCAGAUGCGGAAGGGUCUCCGCGACCCGAACACGCACGCCUAUUUCAAUGUCGUCGGGGUGUAUGGCCAAAACCCCACCGGAGCGUAUUAGAUUUAGGGGGUGCACCGCCGGCAGAGCUGGGGAGUGAUUGGAGUAGGCCGUGCAGGGGACUACUGCAAGCCGACAGGACUAGCCGUGUCAAGAAUGCGAAAGGGACGUUGAAUGGAGGGUCGGGGAGCCCAGGCUGGCCUUAGUUCGACUGUGAAGAUGUGGCUGCUGCGAAUGCCAUUGGAGGACGCAACAGUCUGUCUGUAUGUAAAUCGUCAAUAAUAGUACCAUUGUCGCGUGGGACAAGUUGUCAAGUUCUUCAGGCCAAAGUCAGACGGGGUCAUCUGCUCAGACCAUGACUCUAUUGUUCUUUCGGUUCUCUGCCAAUGACACACCCCACGGCUACAGAUUCCCCGC